UCACAACAGUCGCUUUUCAGCAGUGUAGCUUGGCCGCUGUCAUGGCUUUGGCAGUGGCCCCUGAGGGCUACCGCAGUGGUUCUCGCUCACCCCGCGGCAAAAGCGAUGCUACCAUCCAUGUUGGCCUUGAUGGGUGCGCUGCAAAUCCCGAGGAGGUGUUGCGGGGAGGCUUCACAGAGGAGAUGAAGAUGCAGCGAGACUUCCUCGAACAGUUCAUGAAGCCGCAGUGUGUGGGCCCUCCGACACAGCUCCCGGAAGCUGCUGCCGGGCUACCCUUGGAGGCCGCCGAGGUGCUGCUGUUGCAGCCGGGUCCUGGCCCAGCCCGGCCCUGGUGCGGCAGGUCUGCAGCAGUCGCCUGCCUGGCGGCAACGCAGCGGCUGUUCGCGCGGCUGCUGCCGGGGCAGGUCUCGGAGGGGGCUUGUGAUGAGGUUUGCCAGCUGCCGUCAGAGGGGGCCGAGCUGGGCACCGCGCAGUUCAUGGAACUGGCGCAACGAUGCGGCCUGGCUGCAGAAAAAGUCUGUUCGCCUGUGGAAGUGUUGGAUGAGAUGUUGAAGAGUCGCUUGUCGGCUUGUUGUGUACUGCUGGAGUCCUAUGUGGGAGUUUUGGAAGAGGCAGGCGAAGAAGUCGAGCAGGAUGUGGGAUUCCACUGCCUGCUGAUCGUUGGUGGAGACCUCCUGGGCCCCACUUAUGUGACUUUCGAUCCCUGGGGACCUGCUGCUGGAGAGGUUUCCCUAUGGCAGGACCACGCCCUGAAAUCGGCAAAGCCCGUGGGUUAUGUGCAGCUGACAGUGCCACAAGCCUAGCGGGGAGAAAA